AUGCUUGCGACAAGAGUCGAGGGGGUGGUGGCUGGCGGCGUCAAAUAUGGCGCCUUAGAAGACAUCUACUUUGCAGCUGAGCCGCAGCUUGUCUCCCGGUCCUUAUGGCCACUGGUUAUGCUGGCCGCUCUAACUGGACAGAAAUGGACCGACAAGAUGUCUAUCUUCGCCUCUCGGUCAGUUGACCACGCCUGGUCCGAGAGCUUGCCGAUAGGCCGAGUAUCUGCGUGCAUGUUUGCUUCUGUGUGUAUGGGAGAAGAAGUGAUGCGAAGUGAUAUUCCGGCUAACGCGAACCUGCCCAGGCUAUCCAUGCAGGAGGGACGCGAGAUCUGGAUGGACAAAGCCGGACCACCGAGCGGAUGGAGCAACGGCCUCGGUGUCCACUCUCUGCCUCACACUCGCACCGACUAG